AUGUCAGAAGACACAUUAACUCUGUCUGAGAUUGCUAUACCAGAGCGUAUAAACCUUUCAGAGGAACAAGCUACAGCGAAUUUAUCUGUGACACUUAAAAGUAAGCCUACCCUGCCACACUAGAUUCAUCUACAGACAAAGUGUAUGGAUGCGGUCUGGCAAUACUUAGCAUCUAAUAUUAAGAAGCAUUACAGUGUCGAAGUUAAAAGGUCAAACAAGUUGCCAACUUGAUUGAUAGGUAGUCAAGCUGCGAGUCUUUCUAGGCAUGGCUACAGACUUGUUGAUGGCUUGCAAUAUGAUGAAGAAAGCACUUUAGAAAAUACCAAAUGAUUGGCACUUUCAAAAGCAGUGGAAUAGUUAAGAAAUGCCAGCAGAUUGUUUAACAAAAUUAAUUUAAGUUCCAUUGGAGAAGUUGAUCAACCGACUGAAUUCUGUCAGCUUUAUUUUAAUAUUCUUGUUCUUUUUUUCCCCACAAGUAUUAAUAGAGAGCUUUAGCAGUGAGUACAAGAUUUGACUGCGUGCGUCCUGGCGCGAGGAAGUCGUAGUCGUACUUGUUUCCGUUCAAAUGUUGAUUUAGCAGUAAACAAACAUAAAUUGUGACGGGUCAAUGACUACAACAAUACUCUUGUGGCUAUUAGCAAUAAAUCACUUCUUGAUGCAGCUGCAGCCCUUUUUGUAAAUGAUGUUAUUGAUGAAUGGGAGUUUGCUGCUGUAUAUGAACAGACCAGGAAUAAAUCACCUGAAUUUCAAUAUUGGGAGUAUGAAAAAGUUGACACUCAACUUCAAAACAUGACGAACGAUGAGUGCAAAGCCGAUUUCAGAGUUAGUUUGGAGGAUCUUCCCCUUUUGGCAGAAGCGUUAAGUAUUGCGGAUCGUUUUGUUUGCCCUAACAGAACAGCAACAGGAAUGGAGGGCUUAUGUGUAGUUUUAUGA